AUGAGCAAAAAUGACGACGUGAUGGACUUCAUCAACUCGCUUCCUGACCUGAAUCUGGGCACCCCGGGCCCAAGCGAUUCUGCAGGUGGCGACGAUUUUUUGGAAUUCCUCGAUGAAUUAUCCGCUCACGAAAAGCUGAGUCCUUCUAGAGGAAAACUUGGACCUAAGAAAGAGAAAAAGGUUGAAUCUGCUAAGAAAACUGCUGCUACUGCUAGUGAAACUUCAGAGAAGUCCGCUGAUGCUGUUGCUCCAGAUGCUCUAACGGAGAAAAAUGCUGAAGUUGAGCUUCAGGAACAAAUCGAAGAAGCUGCUAACAUUGGAGACCCCAUUGCCUCCUUGUCGCUGUGGUGGUCUUCCGAAGGAUCCAAAAAGGCUCAAUCCUUGUGGGGCUCCUUGACCUCCAAUGCGUCCCAAUUGGGCGAACAGACCUACCAAUUGGCCUCCUCCACAUCCCAGCAAAUCAGCCAUUCUAGACAGAAACUCUUGAACGAGAACCCGGCGUUGGACAACGACCAGGUGUCCCAUAUCACGUCCCGCUUGAACACCAUUCUCAGCAGCGUCUCCCAGCAGAUCAAGGAGGGUCUCAUGGACAGAGAGGACGAGUUGUUGAACAUCAUGCUCGUGUACGAUUUCUCCAACAUGGACUACUUGGACAGCAUUUGCGCCAGCAAGUUCAACAGAGUCAUGUCGCAGGUUGAGGGCGGCAUCAAGGUCACUGUGAGCAACUUCAACCAUCGUCAUGAACUGAGAGAAGGUUCGGGUCCCUACUACGACUUGGACAUCUUCUUUGGCAAGAUGAUCGAUGGUGAGAAAUUGUGCUACGCCAACCUUGACUCCUCCAUCAAGGACUACCUCAAAAUUACCGAGUCCGAGAAGACAACCGAGCAGGAUUUGAAAGAGGCAGAGGAUACCAUGACGGCGAGAGACGCCGAUUUGGAUAUCAACAGCAGCAACGUUUUCAUUGCCGUGCAGCCCAUCAGCACGGGUACUGCCGAGAGAUCCAAGGAGCAGGCUGAAAGGGAAACCACUUCCACAGCCCCAGUUCUCAUUGACUCCACCAACGCUGAGUCUUUUGCAUUUGCCUUGAUCUUGAAGGACAUCUCCAAUAAGAUCACCAUCUCCACGAAAUCCCAGCCGUUCCCCUUGAAGUGGGCUCGCUGGGUCGCUGGUGACCGUAGUGAAGUUGAAGAGUUCUUUGGUGGCGAUGCUGACGAGGCUGUGGACCCCAGUGAGUGGGUCAAGGAGUGGCUCCAAGACGGUCUCUCGCUCAGUUUUGCCGUUUUGGCUCAGGAGUACGUCACUAAGAGAAUGGGCAUCUAA